AUGAUAUUAUAAUUGUCAUUCCUAAUAGUUUUAGGAAAUGCUUAUUAAUUACUAAAUUCGAUUGAACUAGAAAUAGUCAACAAAAUUUCUGGAAAAUUAAGCUUAGAAAAAAAUGAUGAAAGCUUUUUACUAGUUUUCUAUUUUGAAAAGGCAAACUACCCUUUAGCCCUUGUUUCAGAUGAGAUAAUUUUGGACACAGAUUUCAAUAGAACAACGAAACCAAAAUUUAUUGAGAGUAAAAAGGAAAUUUAUUUUGACUAUGAAUCCAUUUAGACCCAUAAUAAUAUACAUUUAAUUGAAAUUCCUUAGAAAAAUGAAGUGUACUACUAUAUAAAAGAUGGAUUUGGACCUUUUAGAGUAAGAUUAGAAGUUUAUUCUAAAACUCACUCUACAUGUAUAAACAACUGUUAAGGAUAUUCUUUGAAUAAAAUAAUAUAAAAUACAAGCUGUACAUCAAAAUGUGAAUGUUAGGAUGGUUAUUUUGGAUCAUAUUGUUAAUUUGAACUAUAAAAAAUAGAGUUAGAUGUACUGUACGAAAUGUAGUUGAUUGGUCGUAAGAUGAUCUAUUUGUCUUCCUAAUUUAAUGAAUAAAUUAUUUUAAUGGCAUAAGAUGUAAUUGAACCUAUAAGUAUUUUAUUUUAAAUAUUUAGCUUUAAGCUUUGGAAUUUUAGGUGUAAAAGGCUAUGAAAUCCCAGAUCAAACAACAUAUACUGCAAUUUUACAUAAUUAACUAAGUCUAACAAGAUUAAUGUAAAAUUUUAAACAAACAUUUUAAAAUUCUUCUACUUUGAUAAUUGGUUUGUAUUGUAAAACAAAUCAAACAUUUAAAUUAUCUCUAUAAUAAGAAUAAAUUGCAAAAAUAUGGGAUGGGAAUUGUUUAUUUUUUAUUUUUGCGUCCUUCAACAUAAUUAUUAUUAUAAUUUGUUUUGGAAUAACAAAUUUAUGUAAGUAAAAAGAUACUUAAAAAAUGAAGAAAAAGGUAAAAGUGAAAGUGAGGCCACCACUUUUAGAGAUUAAUCCAAAAAAUUUCAGUGGGUAAUUUUUUGAUAAAUACUUUGAAAUUUUCAAUUAUGAAGAUUUCAUUAAAUAAAAUUAAGAAUAUCAAUCAUAUACAUAAUGUGUAGUAUGUUUAGAUAGUUUAAAUCAAAAAGAAAUAAGCAUAAAUGUUUGUGGACAUAUUUUUCAUCAUAUAUGCUUAAAGAAAUGGUUGAUGAAAGUUCUAACUUGUCCAUCUUGUCGAUAGUAGAUAUCUUAUCUUUAAGUAAUUUAAGGAGGUUGGUUAGGAAGUAAACUUUCUUAAAGCCCUUUACAUCCUAAAAAUAAUCCAUUAUCAUAAUUAGUUAAUGAUAGUAAUAUUCUUAUUCAAAAUAAUGAAAAUAUAGGAAUGGUUGAUAAAGAAGAAAAUAAUGAAAAUUAGGAUUCUUGA